ACAAGCGAAUGGUUGCGUCCAGGAAGCUCGAGCGCGACCUGUUCUGUGUUUAAGGAAGUGAAUCUGCGCUUUGGAGUGUCUCGUGUGCCAUCUUCAACUAAGUUUUGAUUUCUAGUCACAAAUCCUCUAAUCUGAGUCCAUUUCACCGUUAACAAAUGCAGUCGCUCAGUAAAACCCACAUAGCCCGGAUGGUUUGCUGACUGAAUGAACCAGAGAGUCUGUUAUUCUCGAUAAAAGCAGCUCUCGGUAAUUAUUACACUUUAACCUCACGAUACAGCAUUCUGCUGACAUGUGGGAAUGGCAGAUUUUGAGUCUCAUAGGCUUCAUCUCUCUAGUCCUUUUUCUCAUAGCUGUAUGUUAUAUUUUGUACUCUGGACUGACCACUGAAAUCCAUAUCAGGACUGGUUUACCCCCGGUCAAGAGCAUCACUAUAGCCUAUAAAUACAAAGUGGGACCUUAUAAAAACUGUGGGUCACUGUUCAAAGAGAGCUCCAGCAUUGGACCUAACCUGUCAUGCAUUGGGAUCUUCUAUGAUGAUCCAAAGAAGGUUCCAGCACAGAAGUGCCGCUAUGCUGUAGGCAGUAUUUUGAGUGAAGGUGAGGACGGACCCAAUGAGGACCAGCAGCAGCUGUAUGAGAAGCAGGGCUUUCGGGUUUUCUCUUUCCCAGAGGUUACACAUGUCGUCACAGCCUCCUUCCCUCACCGAACUCCUCUCUCUGUUUUCCUGGGGGUGCAGAGGGUCUAUCCUCAGCUGAACUACUACAUCAAGGAAAGGAAAUUGUGCGCGCAUCCAUUUCUAGAGAUCUACCGAGGGGGGAUGAUCCACUAUAUGACUCCGUUGGCUCGGCAGGGGGAUUUCUAUGUUCCUGAAGUUAGAGAGGCCCAAAGAUGGUUACUGGGAAAUGAGUCUGAAGAGGACAGGAGGACGGACAUCACAGGUGCUGAUUCCCACAGCGAGUGCAGUUCCGUGAGCCGCCUGCCCCCCUCGGACAGCCGGGACACCUCACCUGCCCCGUCCACCACCCGAACGCACUCGCACGGAGACAGAGACCGACACUGGGACUUUGAGCAUGUGGAGAGAAGCGACACCUCCAGCGAUUCUUCCUUUGAGGAGCUGGACCUCGACCCGGACAGGACGGACAGGUGUGACCACACACCUCCACCCUUCACAGGAAGUGACAAAAACAACCUGCAGGGCCAAGACAGAGAGAUGUUGGUUGAGGAAGAGUGAGAGAGCAAAUGGAAAGAGGGAAAUGUGAGAGAAGUGAAUAUAGUUGGUUUUAAAGGGAUAGUUCACCCAAAAAUGAAAAUUCGGUCAUUGUUCUUGUAGUUUCAAAAGCUGAAUUACUUUUUGUAGAAUCUUUACAUGCUCUUAACAGCUUUCAAACUCCAAAAAGGUCCAUAAAUGUGGUCCAUAUGACUUGUUUACUCUAUUCCAAGCAGUGUUAUUUUAGUAUUAUUUAUUUACCUUCAUAGUAUUUAUUAAUAUUUUAUUUUUAAAUUUUCAUUUUUAAUUUUAGUUUAUACUUUCUUAAAUGUUUCAUCUAAUAUUCAUAUUUUUUCAGCUUUAUUUCAAUUAACAAACUAUUUUUAAUAGUUUAAGUUAACAAUACCAACACUGAUUCUAAGUCUUCUGAAGCCAUUUGAUAUAGGAUUGUGUGAGGAAUAAGAUAAUCUUGCCCUCUGCAAAAAUUAAUGAUGUUUUGGUUAAAAUUAUUUUUAUUAUCAGUGAAUAACUGCUUUAUUUUGGUCUGUUUCUCAUAGAAAACUGUAGUAUGGCUCAAAAAGACUUGGAAUAUAGUGUACAUAUAGUCAUAUGGAUCAUUUUUAUGGUGAUUUUUUUUUUUUUUUUUUUUACCUUUUUAAGCCUUGGCAACUAUGAACUGUUGAAAUUGUUCUUCAAAAAAAUUUUCUACAGCAAAAAAUAAUGAGGUUGAGUAAAUAAUGACUUUUUGGGUGAACUAUCCCUUUAAGUGGUAUGGUGUAUUUGUGUGGAAAAACAUGUUAAAAUAGUCAUUCUAUUGAUAAAUUAACAAGUAAGUUGUUUAGUAAGCAUUGCUUUCUAUUGCGAAGGGAAUCAGCAGGUACAGAAUUGUGUCUGUAGACAAACAAAUUGAACCAGGUAACCUGAAUUUCUUGAAAGCAUCUUCAUAAUUUUAUUUAGUGCAUCUUCAUUAGUAUUUCAUUAGUGAAUCUGUUGCUUGUUUGUUUGGUGUUGGUCGUACGUUCCUAAUGACUGAAGUUAAACUGACAUUGAUGUUAGUGAUUAUUCAUGUGAAUCUAUGUAAUGUUCAGCUUUCAAUUAUUUGGGUCUAAUUUGUUAUUCUCUAUCCUCACAUUCUGUCUUCUUCCUUCAGUAAUUACUCAUUUGUGCCCAAAGAAACUCCCAAAAGUGAAGAGUUCUGUGACUUGAAUAUUGAUUCAUCAAAGCCAUAUGUUCAUAGACAAACUAAAUCUUUAUUUUCACCAGAAACUGACAGAUAACAUUUCCUCGCUCAGGAGACAAAUGCAGCAGACUUGUUUGUUGUUUGCAAUUACAGGUGUUUGGAGCACAUAAUUAUAUGAUCAUAUUUUAUCAUAUAAAUUGUAUUUGCAUAUACUUGAUUUUCCACUGAGUUUACAAAUUACACUUGAUUAGUGUAAAAUAUUUUUUAGCUAAUACAUUGGUAUUUUCUAUAUGUCAAAUAUUGAUACAUUUCCAGGUGUUACUCACUAUAGACUUGAUAUUGAUAUCUUGAAUGUUUAUCCUUGAAAAUGUUUCCAUUUAGUUCCAGGUUGUGCGAGUUCACACAAACAUCAGGACAAACUUGAUAUAUUGUUAGUUUAGGUAAAGUUUAUAAUAUUUCAUAUCUAUAUCUGAUUCAAAUUCUUAAUGAUUUGUUCUGCUAGUUGUUGAGCAACUUAAUAAAUGGUUUUAACAGAAA